AUGAUGGCACUUGCUUCUCCGUCCUUUGCAAGGUCUUGCAAGAAACAUUAUAUGAAGGUGUCUAGUAAAAACUUGCUGGCCUCAAAGAACAAACAGGGAGGUAAAGUGGGAGCAACCCCUAGGGGCCUCGGUCAUUCAUUGGACGCCGAGCACGUCACUCUUUGCGUCUGGACGAAUGAGGGUGGAGCUCAAGAGGAGGGCACGUGGCCCAUUGUUGACGCCUCCGGCCCCGCCCACCGUCCUGCGGCCGGUGGCCUCACCCGCCGCGGCCAGCGUCGCCCGAGGGGAGGCCUGGGUGGGCCGCUCCCCACGACCGCCCCCUGCCCUUCCCGUCCGGGGCCUCCUCGGGCACCGCCACCGACUGCUGUCCCCCUCGGCGGCCACCUCACGCCGGGCCCCGUUGCCCUCGGCCUCCCGUCGACGGCAGCGGGCAGCCUCUGGCGUCACCGCAGCCCCGUCUGUCGCCUCCCCGGUGAGGUACUCCCUGGUGCCAUGUCCGCCUCCGGAGAUGGAGGCCAGGCCCCGGGUGGCCAGGAGAGCCCCAUGGAUGAGGCGGGGGCCCCGGCGGCCGGAGGGGCCAACGAGGUGGCCGGCGGCGAGGCGGGGGCCGGCAGUGAUGGAGUAGCCAGGGGCGAUGGGGUGGCCGCUGGAGACGGAGUGGCUGGUGGCGAUGGGAUGGCCGGAGACGAAGCGGUCGGUGGCGACGGGGUGGCCGGAGACCGAGAACGGGUGGCUGGAAACGGAGAGGCAGUAGCCGGAGAUGGAGACCGGGAGGCCGGAGACGAGGACAGAGUGGCCGGCGGAGAUCGGGUGGGCGGAGGUGGAGUGGCCGGCGGAGAAUGGGUGGCCGGAGAUGGAGACUGGGAGGCCGGAGACGAAGACAGAGUGGCCGGCGGGGAUUGGGUGGGUGGGGGUGGAGUGGCUGGAGGAGACUGGGCGGCCGGAGGUGGAGACGGAGCGGCCGGCGGAAACUGGGGGGCCGGAGAUGGAGAGGCCGGCGGAGACGGGGAGGCCGGAAACGAAGUGGCCGGCGGAGACUGGGUGGUCGGAGCAGGAGUGGCCGGUGGAGACGAGGUGGCCAGAGGUGGAGACGGAGGGGCCGGAGGCGGAGGCGGAGACGGAGACGGAGGGGCCGGAGGCGGAGACGUGGUGGCCAUGGGCAACAGAGUGGCCGGAGGCGGAGUGGCCGGAGGCGGAGACGGAGUGGCUGGAGACGGAGUGGCCGGCGGUGGAGACCUGAUGGCCAUGGGCGACAGAGCGGGCGGAGACGGAGCGGCCGGCGGUGGAGACGGAGCGGCCGAUGGAGGAGACGGAGCGGCCGAUGGCGGAGACCGAGUGGCUGGAAACAGAGUGGCCGGUGGUGGAGACGGAGCGGCCGAUGGAGGAGACGGAGCAGCCGGUGGCGGAGACAGAGCGGCCGAUGGCGGAGACGGAGUGGCUGGAGACGGAGUGGCCGGUGGUGGAGACGGAGCGGCCGAUGGCGGAGACGGAGCGGCCGGCGGUGGAGACAGAGCGGCCAGUGGCGGAGACGGAGCGGCCGAUGGCGGAGACGGAGCGGCCGGGGACUCCGGGCCCCACCCUGCCGAGGCUGCCGUUUCGGCUGCGCCUGCGGAAGGCCUCAGGGAGGAGGCGGUGGGCCCCGAGGGCGGGAACGCCUUCGAGGCGGGCGAGGACUCGGACUUCGGGCCGGCAGACGAGGACGGGGCGGAAGAGCCGGAGGCCGCCGGGGACGUAAUUGUGGACGCCCACCAUUUCCCAAUGGUGGGCUUCCGCUUUACGUUCCUGGACCUGGUGCAUUCGCUGCUACACCUCGUCCACUACAACAACCACGUCCUCGUGCGGCCCCGGCCUCUGCAGCUCAACGUUCCCCCUGCGCCCCCAGCGGCGACCGCGGCCCACGAGUCCCAGGGCUCAUCGUCGUCGUCAGAGGAGGAGGCUACCUGGGAGACCGCGGAGGAGCCUGACGAGGAGGAGCCGGCAGCCACAGAGGGAACAACAAACUAUCAGCAGGAAAACUCUGAUAAGGAGGCGCAAGUCUCGGAGAGCGGGGAAGAAGAGACGUUUAACAGACAACAAGAAGGAUCUCACUGAAAAGCAUUUGGACCCACCACAGAACAGGCCCAAAAAAUCCAGCUGGGAGGAACAAAACGAGAUGAAGAAAGAAGAAAGAAUCUGUCCACUGUUUCCGGUUUCUCAUUUUUUAGAAGCGCAUGGGAAUUUUAUUAACACUGACGUCAUUCCAAACCGCAUCCCCCAAAGAGCGAUAUCCCAUGAAAUCUGCCUUUUCUGUUACACUUGACAGAUACGUUUGACAGCAUGUGUUCUCAUCAAAAAUAAGUUUGUUUUAAAGUAAUAAACUGGAAGGAAGGCAGAUUUUAUUUAGAUAAAUCAUUUUAACUCCAAUCUCUCUUUUAUUUUACCUCUUUGUUUUGACGCACCAUGCCUUCAUUAAAAGGUAUCACUGCCUACCA